AUGUUGCUUAUCAAACAUCUAAUCUAUUUCUUCUUCUUACAUUUGGUGAUUGCAUUGCCUCAAAUUAAUCUUUAUCUUACUGAUAAGAUAAAUGAAAAUAUCGAUGAUAUUAUUCAACAGCAUGAUUGUCUUUAUUUUGAUCUAAGCGAAGAUCCAUGGUCUCGUGAUAUCAUACCUUAUUGUAUGAGUGGAUCGACACAGAAAUGGUCUAUUGUAAAGACUAAUUUUUAUGCACUCUUUACUUUUGCUGAACUCAGUCGACAAAAUAUUACAAGUGAACAAUUAUAUCAAUGGUCAGCACCGAUAGAUAUCAGUGAACGUUAUCAACUGUAUCUGAAUCAACUUUCAAUUGGAAAUGUAUUAUCAGAGAUGGGAAGAGAAACAUUUUACAAUUGUACAUUACCAGCAUUUGGUCCACAGUGUCAAUAUCAACUAGAUUUUUAUAAUACUGAUUUAACAUUAAAUGAAUUUAUUCGUAUUCACUAUCGUCAGCAUGCUUAUACACCAGAAUCAUUAACCUGUUAUACUCAUUUACAAUGUAAUCGUGGUUCAACAUCGAUAUGUCUCGAUUGGACCGAAAUAUGUGAUGGAAAAAUCGAUUGUACUGAUGGAAUUGAUGAAAAAGAUUGUUGGCCACUUAUAGGUAAUAAAUGUGAAGAUGGUGAAUAUCGAUGUGAUAAUGGUCAAUGCAUACAUCCAAGAUUCGUUAAUAUUGGUGUCAGUUUCGAAUGUCUUGAUCGGUCUGAUCAAUAUAAGUUUUUAUUAUCAUCGAGUUCGUCUUAUAAUGAAUAUCAUGGACCAACAUUUGCAAAUGAAGAUAUUGUUUGUUCAUGGCGCGAACGUUAUAUGAACAAAUUUAUCCAUCCUUUUACAAGUUCAUGUAGAUAUCAACGUAAUGAAAAAAUUGUACAAGCAAUAUUUUCCGAUAUAUCAGAUGCAACCAUAAGUAAUGAUUGUCUUUUGGCAUUCAAAUGUCAUUCUAAGAUUCUAACAGAUAAUAAUUCACUAUGCUCGAAUUUCUGUCAAAAUGAAAAAUGUAUCGAAAUUAUAAAGAAUACUUGUCCAAGUAUGUUCUAUUAUCCAACAGCUCCAAUUGCCUUUGGUCAUAUCUACUUUGCUUAUACAAUCGAGUAUGUUGUGAAUUGGAAAGAUAUGGGACAAAUUCCACCUCAAUAUAUAUGUUAUAAUGAACAAUUAUGUGAUGAAUUUUAUUCGAAUGUAACCUUAUUGUUGUUCCGUGGAACUACAUGUCGUCAUCCGAAAGAUUUUCCAAUAUGGAUUUACUUCAAUGGAACAGAUUGGUAUUCGAAUUAUAUCCAGCUAGUAUACUCACAACUUAGUCAUUGUAAUCGAAUGAUAGAUAAUAGUUUAAUUUGUGAUAGUUCUAUUAUGUAUCAAUGUAAAAAUUCAUCGAAAUGUAUUCCAAAGUCUUAUAUUGGUGAUGGUAUUCGAGAUUGUCAUUAUGAAGAUGAUGAAGAACAAAGUACGAUCGAUGAAUAUUGUUUGAUAGAUCAAACCAACAUAUUUUUCAAAUGCCAAACAGACAACAAAUGUAUUCGUCGAAAUCACGUUGAAAAUCACAUUUGUGAUUGUAAAGUAGAUGAAUAUGGUAUGUGCGAUGAUGAAGAUCUAGAAUUAAAUAAAAAAAGACGACAAAUUACGUUUUCAACGAUUUGCGACAGUUCAGUUGAUCUUUUACCGAUUAUGAUUAAUGGACAAAAUCAAACGGAUGAAACCAAUUGUGAACAAUGGCCAUGCAAUAAUACAUAUACACGAUGUGAUAAUUUUUGGAGUUGUCUUGAUGGAGCUGAUGAAGUUGAUUGUGAUCCAACACCAUUAAUCAAAUGUCCACCUUAUCAUCAUAUAUGUGUUUCAUUGAAUACAUAUCAAUUGAUAUGUUUACCUAUUGAAAGAGCCAAUGAUGGUAUUAUUCAUUGUUUAGGUGGUAUCGAUGAACCAACAUUAUGUCCAGUAAAGAAUCGUCUUAAGGAAUCAAAAAAGUUUUAUUGCAAAAAUGGUGAUUCUGAUAUGUGCUUAUCGUUGCAAUAUGUUUGUGAUGGGAUAAAACAUUGCGAAAAUGGUGACGACGAACAAUUUUGUAACUCAACCAUGACCGACUUCUUUCGAAAAUAUUCAAGUAAUUUAAAGGCUAAAAAAAUUUCGGACACAAAUUUCUACGACACUGUUAAAUCAAAAUCAAAAGAUGUUCAAUUAAAGAAAUCGAAACCAAAUGAAAUGAUAACACAUUUAUCUAUGAUCAAUGAAUAUGAACAUCGUUGUCAUCGUGGUCUUUCUUUACAAGUUUUGUUGGAUAGUGACAAGAAUUUAAUAGCAAAAACAUGUCUUUGUCCACCAACUUAUUAUGGUGAUCGUUGUCAAUAUCAAAAUCAACGUGUUAGUCUCACCAUGGAAAUUAUUGCACCUUUAAAAUCUCGACAAACAUUAUUUGUACUUGUUAUUUCAUUAAUUGAUGAUAGUGUCGAACGAAUUAUUCAUUCAUAUGAACAACUGUCUUAUUUACCUAUGCGAGAUGAAUAUAUUAAAUUUAAUGUCUAUUUAUUUUAUUCUAUUCGACCAAAAAGUCUUAUGAAACAAUAUUCAGUACAUAUUGAUAUUUAUGAAAUGACUACGUUAAAUUAUCGAGGAAGUCUGCUAAUACCAUUGAAAUUUCCAUUCUUACCUGUCGAACGUAUUGCUGUUCAACUUAAUAUUCCACAUACAAAUAAUAUUGUCCAAACUUGUACUAAUCAUCAAUGUGUUCAUGGUCAAUGUAUUCAAUAUUUAAAUGAUCUGAAAAAGACUAGUUUUUGCCAAUGUAAAUCAGGUUGGACUGGACGAUAUUGCACUAUUCCUCAUAUAUGUACCUGUUCAUCUGAUUCAUUAUGUGUUGGUGUUGCAGCAAAUAAUCGAUCGAUAUGUGUAUGUCCUUUUAACAAGUUUGGUUCUCAAUGUUUAUUAACUAAAACCGUAUGCCAAGACGAUCCAUGUUUAAAUGGAGGCGUAUGUAUACCUUCUGAUGAACAUAGUGCAUUUCAUCAACCAUAUAUAUGCAUCUGUCGAAAAGGAUUCUAUGGACAAAAAUGUGAAGUACCUGAUAACAAAAUUAUUCUUUCAUUUCACAACAAUCUUACUUUACCUUCACAAUCACUCGUAUUUUUUCAUUUCAUCUAUUUUGUUCAUCGUACUCUACAUACUCACAAUAUAAAUCCCACGAAAAUAUGUGAAAAUAAAACUUCAAUUAUUAGCUAUUGGUCAUAUCCAUUUCAUAUUGCUUUUGUCGAACUUUCAACAUUUCAAUACUAUUUAGUUGCUAAUGAAAAAGUAGAAUAUUCAUCAGUGAUUGUUCGAAAAAUUAAUCCAUCCGAUCGUUGUCAAUCUAUAAAUGAAAUAUUUAUUGAAAACAUGACUCAAAUGCAUCUCAUUCAACGCAUUAAAUAUUAUCAUUUACCAUGUCAAAUUCACUCAUUAAAUUUAUCUUGCUUUUAUGAUGAUAUUCAUAUAUGUUUAUGCCAGAAUUUUGGUUAUCAACGUUUAGCUAACUGUUUCACAUUUAAUCAUCAUAUCAAACUUGAUAAUUUAACUAUGUCUCACAACCAACUCGAACGUGAAUGUUGGGAGGAUUAUUCAUUUAAUUCAUCGAUUUUAUCAACAUUGCCCAUCUCAACUACUCCAUCAAUUACAUCAAUAGAUAGUGGCAUGUCAUCUAUUUACGUUUGCGAAUAUUUUCUAUAUUUAUUCAUCUUGCUAUUUUGCUUACAUAUUCAUUACAUACAAUAA